AUACACACAUAGCAUUAGAAGAGAGAGAGAGAGAGAAGAGAGAGAGAGAGAGAGAAUGGGAUUGCCUGAUUCUUCUGGAGGCUUGCUGUCGGAAUUGGAUGUUGAUGCUUUCAGGCGCUUAUUUCCUCUUCGGUUUUAUGAGAGCCAUCUUGUGAAAUCCACACGCCCUGAUGGGAGGUCACUUGACAAAGCUAGAGAGACUUCCUCGGCCCUUGGGGCUGUUGCCUCUGCGGAUGGAUCAGCACUUGUGAAGAUAGGUUCGACGACAAUGUUGGCUGCUAUAAAAAUGGAAGUCACGACCCCUUCUCAAGAGUUGCCAGAUGAGGGACGCAUAGCAAUUGAAUUCCACAUGCCUCCAAUUUGUUCUCCAAUUGUAAGGCCUGGCAGGCCAGCUGAGGCAGCACCCGUUGUGUCAAAGCAACUAUCUGACACUAUUUCAAGUUCUGGCAUGAUUAAUGUGAAGGAAUUAUCCUUGAUCAGUGGAAAAGCUGCUUGGAUGGUCUACCUGGACAUAUACUGUUUGGACGCUGAUGGUGCUCUAUUUGAUGCUGCUUUGCUGUCAGCAGUCGCUGCCUUUUCUCACUUGCAGAUUCCUGUAGUUUCUAUGAACAAUGAAGGAAAAGUAGUUGUUAUGUCUGAGGAAAAUGAGGGAGGAAAGGAGCCGGUCAAUAAAGAGAAGAGGAAACUCACGUUAUGCAGUAUUCCAUUUUCACUAACAUGUAUACUUUAUAAGAAUUUCAUCUUGGCUGACCCUACAGCAGAGGAAGAAUCGAUCAUGGAAACACUUGUAACUGUGGUUUUAGAUUCAUCUGGUCAACUUGUGUCUCUUUACAAGCCAGGUGGACCAGUUCUUGCCUAUACAUCGGCUAUCCAGGUUGGUUACCUAGUUUCUACCCUUGUGUCAUGUCAAUGUUUUAAUGGUUCCCUGCGAUUCAACUUGGUAGGAUGUUGUGAAUUUCAGAUUUUCGUUGUCUUAGUCUAUCUAACUGAGAGUAAUAAAGUGUAUGUUCAGAUUAGUAAUCAUUUCAUCACACAUCAGUAACUAAGGUUUUAAAACUGUUUUGAGUCUUCUGACAUUAUCUGCAUAUCCACGGAAAUAGAAAAGAGGAGAAGAGUACAUUUUUCCAAUGUUUUCCCGAUUUAACAAUAAUAUAAAGCCAAUCAACUCUACGAAUGUGUUCAACUUUCAA